AUGUUUCGAAACAACUCUGAUAAAGAGGAUUUCUCCCGAGAGUCUGGCGAGCAUCUAUUAGCAGAAGAAGAGGGCACACAUUGGAGCGGUGGUGAUGAACCAUCUUCGGAUACUUGCAAAGCUGUGGCUAUUAUCUUGCUCCAAACUUGUGUUUUGGUGUUCAUGUUUCUUGUGGGAUGUGUAUUCGGUUUCUACUGGCGUGGAGACUUGAACAGCCUAUGCAGUCGACAUGUAUCUCAAUACUCUACUGUGAUGAAGGAGGUUGGGAUUGAGUAUAGUCUACAAGAGUUCAAUGGAUCGCUGUUGAAGGAGAAUGUCUUCAGACAGAAUGCCGGCCCAGAGGUUGAUGCAGCAUGGGAAUCACUAGGUGUCAACUGUAUGUUACAAAAAUCUAUCUCUUCUCGAACUCAGCUCACUGACGGUGUUACUCAAGAUCGAGGUAUCAGAGUACCAGCAGAAGAUGCCGAACAGUCUGGUCUUGCCACCGACCAGGUCAAGAUCAAAGAGAAGUAUGGCGGAGGGUUCCCAGCGAACGUGGAAGGAUUACACCACCUUCACUGCCUAAAUCUUCUUCGUCAAUCCCUCUAUUACAAUUAUGACUACUAUCACGAAAAGGGCGAGGGGCCCUUUGUCAAUAACGACUAUAUUGUUCGUCGACACGUUUCCCAUUGCCUUGAUAUUAUUCGACAAGAACUUAUGUGCACAGUUGAUAGUGGAGUGCUGGGCCAAAUCUGGAUUUACCCUGAGAACCCCGAGCCCUACGUCGACUUCAACACCCAACACCGCUGCAAGAACUUCGAUGCCGUCCGAAGCUGGGCAGAGGCUAACCAGCUACCCGGGGACCUACCUGAGGACUUCCUAGAGCCACCAGCCGAGGGAGAUCGAAUCUAUGCUAAGAUGCCAUGA